UGAAGAUUUCUCGCGCGGAAGAUAAACUGCGCAUGCGCUUUAGCUUCGUCAUACCUUCCUUUGAUUGAGUCAGCAGAAGAAAAUCUACCAUUUUUCGUGCUAGAAUCAUGUCUGGUAGCAUUGAUCUGUAAUAUUCCCUCUGAUGUGAGUGUGUGGCAAACCAACGCUUCAGGAUGGAUGAUGUUUCUAUGAUGGACACAACCUCGGAUGAUGAGCUUGAUUUCAAUACUCCACUCUACAAACGAAUCAACAGACGCCAUGAUGGAAAGGAAUUGUUGUUUGCCAGCCAUGCCAGGCCAUUCUUUGAAAACACACAUGAUACGUUGAACAAAGGGUCAAGAACUUCAGGGAGUAGUGGGACUGCAGAUGGGUUAGCAUUUAGUGAACGUGGCAGUCCUCUGUCGGAAGUCACUGGCAAUAUUUCAAGGGGUCCACUAAGUCCACCCUUCUCCGGGAAACUGACAAUAGAUGAAGGUAAUCCCUUUGCAACGUCUGCUGAUUAUAAGGCAACAGUUAGUGUCAACAGGGGAACAUCCAGUGACGUCAGAGCACACAGCCACAGAACCCCUGAAAGACAGGAAAGCACAAAGUGUCGUUUUUCGGAAAUGGAACAGCUUGGCAAGACUGAACAGGCAUCAGGUAAUGGGGCUUCUAGACUGCUAGAACAUCUUGAUAAAAAGGGCAAUAUUGAAACACAGUCAGAAAUCCCGUGCCGAUUUGCAACAGAAAGAGUAGAGACCUCUAGAAAGCAGAUGCCUGUAGAGACAAGCAGCGCCCUCUCUAGUAGUCCUGGAGGAUGGAGGAAGUUACCAACAAGUCCUUCGGAAAGUUCAAGAAAGUUGUUGAACUCGCCUCUUUCUCCAGGGAGGCGUUCAGGACAAAGUAGCCCAAAGCGCAGUCCUACAGGAUCAAGCGUUCAUAUACAUUGGGACAAGAAUAAACAGAUGAAAUCUACCUCAUUAGAACCAAGAACCAGUAGCCAGUUCAGUCCUAGCAAGUUUCAGGCCCACUCUAGUUCAAGCCCCAGUCACAGAUCAUCCUCGGUGUUCAGUAUGAGAAGUCCCGUUUUGAUUCUCGACACCCCUGAAUGGGAUAGAAAGCAUGAUGGGAAAAACAGUGGAUCUACAUGUAAGAAAUCUUUACAGGUGCAUUUAAAAAAGAGCCACAGAGAUAAUUUUAUGUUGAAUGAUCUGUUGUCUGAAGGAGACCUUAACUCAAGUAAGGACUUGCAUUCUAGCUCAACCAGUAGUAAGCACCUUUUUUCACCUGGCUCUCCAUCUUCAAGGUAUACAAGCCCAAGAUCAGAGAGCAUUUUUCACAGUCCUACAAGGAAGUUCAAAGACUUUAGGCUGGAAAAGCAGGAAGGUAGUAGUGAGAAAAAUGUAGGCAGAGGAAGAGAUCCAGUGUGGGACUUUGCUGAAACUUUAUCUUCUCCAGAAAGGCGCUCUUCCGAUUUCUCAAGGAAGUUUGAUCACAGAAGACGAAGAGAUGGAAAAUAUCCAAGAGAUACUACUUAUCUAAACAAAAUAACUAGUCCUGACAAAGACUUCCGUAGAAGGCAUCAGCAGCGUUCUAGUGCAACAAGUGAAGAUGAUGAUCUUCCUCUUAUAUCUCUUGUUACCAACAAGAGCAAAAGUGGUUUUCAUCAUAAAUCGCCAGCAGAUUCUACAAAAAGUAAGUAUGAUGCACCGGUGACAUCUCCAUCAAGAGCUUGGUUAAGUCCUCCCAAAAAGAGGCCAUGGGUUUCACCCUCCCAUUCAAGCACUCCAUCAAGUGUUGUUAUAUCUCCGUGGAGGCCACAGACUGGUGGAAGCAGUGUGAUAUCAUCCAGGACUGAAACCUGGAAGGAGGAAAGACAAAACAAGGAAAGUACCUUAAGGAACAGUUGUAGGACUAGGACAAAGGAAGAGAUCAAGGAGGCCAGGGUUGCGGCCAGAAGAGCAGCGAUGCAAGAGGCAAAGAAGAAUAAGUUGAAGAAAUUGCUUGCUGUCUUUUCAAGUGAUGAAGAUGAGGAUGCUCAUCCGUUUGCCGAUAAGAAGCGGAAGAAUGAGGAUGAGGCUAUCGCGCUCAUGGAUGAAGCAGCCAAAAGGAGGAAAACAAAUUUGCAUAGUCCUCAAGAUGACGGUUUGGGGUCAGGGGGUUCUAGAAGACAUGAAAGUUCUGUUCGUUCCAAAGACAAAGAUACAUCACCUAUCCAGAGCAGGGUAAAUGACUAUCAGGGUAUAGGUCUAGACAGAACCGAGAGUUCAGAUGUCUCCAGGAAUCUCCGACCGGGUGGACAUAAUGUGUCUAGCACAAGAACUCAUACUUCAGGAAGAAUGAAAGACAGUUAUCAUUCAUCAUCAUCAGCUUCACAUAUUGGUAGUUCUUCAACAGCUUCGUCUCUUUUGUAUUCAAACCACGGAAGCGCACCUACAACAGCAACGUCCUCCAAACCAUAUGCUAAUCCGUCCCACGAAGCCUCGUCUAGUCAUCGAUCUAGCAAUGAGUCUGUCCACUCAAAGAACUCCAAAGGGAAAGGAAAGAAACAAGGAAAGAGUCCCACUGGCUCUGCAAGUAGAGAAGACCACAUGAGAUCCUCCGCUAAACAUCACAGUCUUGAAGCUUCAGAUCUUCCCUCGUCGAGUGGCAUCUCUGGAGAUACUAUGAACAUGGUAAAGGAUGAUUCGGAUGAUGAAGUUGUGAUGGUCGAUUCUUUCUCUUAUGCUUCCUCCCUUGUGGGAGCUUACGGUAAGACGAGAAAGAGUCAUAAGAAGAAAGAGGCCAAAGCUUCGUCCACAGGCCUUUUGAGUAGCGGAGCAGCAGGAAGCAUUGAAGAUGAGAGGAAUAUUGUCUCACCAUCCCUCCUGCAGCAGCUGAACCAGAUGGACUCAGAUGAGGCAAUGGCAAGAAGAAUGCAGGAAGAAUUUGAUGCAGAGAUGGCUAGGUCUGUUCAGCAGCAUGGCCCACCACAAAGGUCUACAGAGGAUACCAACCCUCAAGCAGAAUCCAGGGCGUCCUGCUCCGUCAAUGUCAGUCGUGCAGACCAGCCAGACGCUGGUACUUUUGGCACUUUCAAUCCGCAUCACAACAUCUCUAUCGAGGUCUCCUCUGACGUCCCCGUCCAAAUUGGCAGCUUCAACUGGAACUACGACUUCCAGCCUGCGUCAUCGCUCCUGGACCGACCCGACAGGCCACCUGCGCCGCCUUCCCCUCCUCCUCCCGUGCCCCGGAGAGGGCGUCCCACCCGGCAACGGGGGAAUAGGCGGCGUAGCUCUAAUGAUCGCCUGGACGAGGUCAUCCCUGAUUUGGCAGACCCGAGAGGACACCCCCAUGAUCGUCAUAGACCGAACAUGGAGAUGAUAUGGAAUCUACAUCAUGAUCUUGUUGAUCUACGCAGGAUGGCUCACCCAUAUUUUGAAAAUAUUAAUCCACCACCGAGGCCUGGGCGACAGCAGGGACGAGGUCGAGGUCGAGCACGAGGUCGAAGAAGAGAUGUAGGCGCUGGCCAGAAUGAUGGCAACGACUAUGAUGCUCUUCUCCAGCUUGCGGACAGUCUUGGACCGGCCGUUGAUAAGCGGCUCACCCAGGCAUCUAUUGACCGCCUUCCAACCUUCAAGUUCUCCAAGGAGCGGCACUCAGGUUCGCAGGAGGAGAACGCCUGUCCGGUCUGUAUGGAUGAUUACGACGAGGAGGCCGAGCUUCGUAGACUGCCCUGUUUCCAUGUCUACCACAAGAAGUGCAUUGAUAUGUGGUUAAAUAAAAAUCAGGAUCCGGUGUGUCCAAUUUGUAGAGUGGAGGUGAGGAUUGAAUAGACGAGAAAAUCGGACAUCAACCUGCCCAAAACCAACGUCGAUGUAAAUUCAUGGAAAUAUUAUCUGGUGCUUCGCAAUAUGGAUGAAGAUUAUAUUUGUCACUAACACCGAUCUAAAGUCGUGGGACUGAUAGCAGGUGUCUAAGCAAUAUUAAUGCAGAUUAUAUUUGUAAUGGACGCCAAAAGGGAUGUAUGGGACUAUGUAGUUGUGAUGUGUUUGUUUUGUCAUUAGUGAAUACAGAUUGCAUUUUAGUAGACUGUAUGAAGCAAAAAAAAAAAAAAAAUAAUUACUGGGACC